AUGCCUGUCUCUGACAACAGACCUUUCAGCAAGGUGAUAGUCAUCGGAGCUGGUUUUUCUGGCUUGGCUAUGGCAUGUCAGCUUCAACGAAAGCUCAAUUGUGAUGACUAUACCAUCUAUGACCGAUCUGCGGCACCUGGUGGCGCCUGGUGGGCAAACAAGUACCCAGGAUGCGCCGUCGAUAUUCCAGCUGUAUUCUAUAGCCUCUCCUUCGCUCCCAAUCCCGACUUCUCGAAGGUUUUCCCUCCGCAAGCAGAGAUACUGGAAUACUUCAACGGCGUGGCGAAGAAGUUUGACGUUUCUCGGCACAUCGUUUCAAAUACUGAAUGGGAAGGAGCCUAUUGGCAAGAAAAAAGCAAGAUUUGGCUUGUGAAAUUGAAGGACUUACUCACUGGUGGAAUAUUCUAUCAGGAGUGCCAGGUACUUGUGUCUGCUGUCGGAGGUCUGGUGAAUCCGAAUCUCUUCAAUCUUCCAGGAGUCGAAACCUUCCAAGGCGAUAUCAUCCACACUGCAAGGUGGAAAGAGAAUAUAUCCUUCCAACAGAAAGAUGUUAUUGUUGUUGGCAAUGGGUGCUCGGCAGCUCAACUUGUUCCCGCCAUUUCCAACGAGGCAAAGAGUGUAACUCAGUUUAUUCGGACACCGCAACAUUACCUACACAACGAAAACAUACAAGUUUCCGAUACAUGGCGAUUCAUCUUUCGCCAUAUGCCCAUCGCCUUGUGGAUCCUCAGGGUCGUCGUGUUUCUCUAUCUGGAGGGCACUGCUGCCAGAUUCAAUAUGGAUGCAAACGGCAUCAAAGCUCGAAAAGCGUCUGCCGAUAGAAGCGAAGCUUACAUAAAAAGAACUGCACCGGAGAAGUAUUGGCCGCUUCUUAUUCCGAAAUUCGAAAUUGGAUGCAAACGACGGGUCUUUGAUACCACUAAAUACAUUGGGUGCCUGCAACAAGACAACAUUCAUCUUACAGAUGACCCGAUUGUUGGUGUUCAACCUCACUCAAUUUUGACACAGUCCGGUCAAGAGCACUCAGCGGAUACAAUUCUUCUGGCUACUGGUUUCUCCUUGACGCAGUAUGAUGUCGAGCUCAUAGGCCGGGAUGGCCGCACCCGUGAAGACCAUUGGGAUGAAUAUGGCUACAAGGAGGCUUACAAGUCAAUUGCCAUGUCGGGAUUUCCCAACUUCUUUUAUAUUUUGGGUCCAAAUUCAGGAAAAGGUCACACAUCUACAAUCUAUUCAAUCGAAAACUAUGUCGACUUGGUCGUGACGGCAAUCACUCCGGUCAUCAAAGAGCAUUCGUCCUUUGUAGAAGUUAAACCCGAUAGCGAAAGACUCUACAACGAGAGAUUGCAUGAAUCGAUUACCAAAACCGUCUUCAACACUUCAUGCGGAAGCGUAAGUCACUUCUAUAACUUCUUUGCUUGUCUGCGAAAGAGGGUUGACCAGGAGAUGCAGUAUUUCAUCGACCAGAAGUCUCAAAAAAAUUGGUUCAUAUAUCCAUGGAGCUCUUUUGCCAUGUGGUACUCGACUCAUUGGGACCGUGCAGAUGACUGGGUGUACGAUGUAAGUUCGCCAAAAUUGUCAAAUAACAUGCAAAGCCUGACCAAGUUUUCUUCCAGACCCAACUUAGCAAAAAGGAACGGAUGUUCCGAGCUGGUCUCCCAGCACUGA